GCGCCUGUCAGGGAAGCGGCGCGCGCGCCGGCGCGGGCGGGCUGGGGCUCGGCCGCGCAGUGCCAGCGCCAGCACCAGACCCGCGCCCCGCGCUCUCCCGACCGCCGCCUGCGUUCUGGCUCGCGAGCCCGAGCUCCCGCCCGCCCGUGCGCUGCCCGAGUAUGGAGCUGCUGUGCUGCGAGGGCACCCGGCACGCGCCCCGGGCCGGGCCGGACCCGCGACUGCUGGGGGACCAGCGUGUCCUGCAGAGCUUGCUCCGCCUGGAGGAGCGCUACGUGCCCCGCGCCUCCUACUUCCAAUGUGUGCAGAGGGAGAUCAAGCCGCACAUGCGGAAGGUGCUGGCGUACUGGAUGCUGGAGCGUCUCCUGCCUCCCUCCCCCGCUCGGAUUUCUCAGGAGAGCGCGCCUGGAAAACCCUGGGCUCGGCCGCCCCCGCCCCAGAGUCGGUUCCUGUGUCUGUCGCGGGGUUCUGGCGGGGAAGACGGUGGGGGUGGCGCGCGCGCUGUUCCGGCAGUCAGGGAAAUGAAAAGUGCGGGAGGCAGCGGCUGGAGUCUCCUCCCUUCCCCCCAGGUCUGUGAGGAGCAGCGCUGUGAGGAGGAAGUCUUCCCCCUGGCCAUGAACUACCUGGAUCGCUACCUGUCCUGCGUCCCCACCCGAAAGGCGCAGUUGCAGCUCCUGGGUGCGGUCUGCAUGCUGCUGGCCUCCAAGCUGCGCGAGACUACGCCCCUGACCAUCGAAAAACUGUGCAUCUACACCGACCACUCUGUCUCUCCCCGCCAGCUGCGGGACUGGGAGGUGCUGGUCUUGGGGAAGCUCAAGUGGGACCUGGCAGCAGUGAUUGCCCAUGAUUUCCUGGCCCUGAUUCUGCACCGGCUCUCUCUGCCCCGGGACCGACAAGCCUUGGUCAAAAAACAUGCCCAGACCUUUUUGGCCCUCUGUGCUACAGAUUACACCUUCGCCAUGUACCCGCCAUCCAUGAUCGCCACGGGCAGCAUUGGGGCUGCAGUGCAAGGCCUGGGUGCGUGUUCCACGUCUGGGGACGAGCUCACAGAGCUGCUGGCAGGGAUCACAGGCACUGAGGUGGACUGCCUGCGGGCCUGUCAGGAGCAGAUCGAAGCUGCCCUCAGGGAGAGCCUCAGAGAAGCCGCGACCUCCCCCAGCCCGGUGCCCAAAGCCCCCAGGGGCUCCAGUAGCCAGGGGCCCAGCCAGACCAGCACUCCCACAGAUGUCACAGCCAUCCACCUGUAGCCCCGGAGAGGCCCCCUCCAGUGGCCAUUGGCAGCAGAGGAGGGGACACUGCCACCCCCCCUCCCUGCCUGCAGGAACGAACCACGCCACAUCUGAAGCCUGAGGGGGCUCCUUCCUAUUCACCCCUUGCAAAGCAGAAGGGGUCAGGCCCUACCUAUCCCUGCAGCGUGCACUAAGGGGCCUGGCCAGCCAGCCAUGUUUGGGUGGCCAGCCAGGCUCCUCUUUUUCUCUGUAUCUGACCAGCUCUGCUCCUUCCCUGAUCCUAGCUGGCGGUGGGCCAGGCUGGUCAGAAAUGAAAUUGAAGUAGGUAAAAUACAUGUACCAGUAUUCCUUUUUGAGGCCCCCUUAUAUCUGGGGCUCUCACGUUCUCAGAUGCCAUCAUGCCCCUAGUGCCUUAUAAAGGUGUUGCACCUUCCAGAGUUCUUGCAUUUGGACUGGGGUCUUUCUGAAGAAGUUUCAGAUAUUCUGAUAGACAUGUGUGAGGGGAAACAGUCUGGAGAGCUCCUCUUGACAUUCUUUGGAGGCCCCUGCAUAAUCCACGCUCACAGCUGCUCCCAGAGGGCCGGCCCAGGCCUCUGUCAGAGGGGCAGAACCAACCAAUUCCUCCUUGCUUUGCUUGCCGCUCAGCUUCUCCUGUAUGAUUGAGGGGGAUCAGUGCUGAAGGAAGAGGUGGUUUUAAUUUAUUAAUUGUUUUGAGGACAACUGUAAGAGGGUGUGGUGGGGCCCAUCUACCCCACAAGUGGUGGUAACCCUGGUGGUUGCUGCAUCCCUCCCCUCUGCUACUGGCUAGAGGAUCUUUGUGGCUGAGGAGCUGCUACAGCCUGGAGUGGGGCCAUGCCCUCCUCUCCCUCUGGCCCUCUGCCCCAUCCUCUGGGGGUGAGGGAUGGAGCAGGGAUAAACUGGAGGUGACUGAGCCCCUGUCUGGAGAGGGAGGCAAGCCCUGUUGACACAGGUCUUUCCUAAGGCCACAAGGUCCAGGCUGGUGGCCCAGGACCAUCAUGCUACCUUAAUAAAGAUUCUGGAAUAAA